UUAGGAAGUUAAAAAACACAUAGCUAUACAUGUCGACUAGAAAUACGUCCGCAAAAUAAACCGGAAAUAUUGUGCAAUUGUGAAACUAUGUUAAUGGAGAACAAAUAUACGUUCCAGCAUCAGGUACUUGUCGUAUGAAUGGCACAAUACUUUUGUUCCACUUUAAGUAAAAUAAUUUCAGUGCAUUUUCUCCGAUAAAAUGCUAAAUAAUUAUGUUGCGAAAGUGUUUUCGACAACAAACCACCUAAAUCACAUGAACAUUUUUGUAUUCCAUAAUAAUGUGCGUUGCGUGCGCAACCCCCAACCACUGAUAAACAUUUCGGUAUGUAAGAUGAAAAACAUCAAUAAAUGCAUGCGUGAAAAAGGACGACUGCUGUUCGUGAUUUACGGAAAAUGAUCCAACGAACAUAAGGAUGGUGGCAGACAGUAGAGUGAAAUUUUUGUUCGUGGGACAUUAAAAAAAAACCGUCGGGUAUUUGUGUAUUCGAAUGAAGUUUGUGAAAAAAUUUUCCGCAACGAUUGCUUCAAUAAUGUUUAUUUAGUGAUGCCAAAGUCAUUAGAAUCGUCCAACACUGAGUUGGGUAGUGAAAAUCAGGUUGAAUUAGCCGAGCGUGGAUUAAGUGCUGGAAAAAAGUAUCGUCAUCAAAACUACAGCAAGAACAUAUACAUCGGAACGAAGAAUGCGGAAAAAUGGGAGCUUACAAGGACAAAGCUUUCAUUUAAAAAUGAUGUCGAAUUUGUCACAUAUUUGCUUGCACUGGCUGAAAACGAUUUUGCUAAUAACGAUGGCAGGCGAAGUAACAACAUUGGUAGCAAUUUUCCGAUUCACAGCAAUGAACAGAAUGCAAACGAUAAAUUGGCAAAUGAAAAUUCAACGGAUGAUGUCGAUAAGCCACGUAUUGCCAAAAAGGUAAAGAAAGUGCAUUUCGCGGACUCUGUAAAUGGAUUGUCGAAUAGCUCAAAGGGGAAUCCAGAUUUUGCUGCGUUACGAAAAUCGGAACAAUCGAAUUUCUCGGUAUUGUGUCACAAUUCCCAGGAUGCACAAGACAAUUCGAUAUCGAGUACACUGGACACUUACCAUGAAUCGAACAAUAUACCGGAAGUAUUGGACUGUCGAAUAGCUGAGAAAAUUAAAAGUGAAAUGGAACAGAAGUUUUUGAGUGAAAGUGAAAUGCUAAAAACCAGAUCGGAUGAGGUGCUGUGCUUGACUACGACGAAUAAAGACAAAACACGGUCAUUCGAUUCGGUGAAAGACGCUGUGGUCGAAAAGAAGUCGAAAAAACGAACAACUAAAUGCAGUAAACCCUCGCCGGAAGUUGAAGAGUAUCAAGUGCAACGAAAUGGUAAAUCUGGUUUGAAAAUCUCUAAAGUUAAACCGGAAGCAACGGGUGAUACUGGCGCAUUCAAUGAAUUUGACGAUGACGAAGAAGAUGACGACGAGGAUUUUGACGACAAAUCCGAUCUAAUUGAUUCGGACAGAGAAGAUGAAUACGACUUUGAGAGUGACGAUAAUAAUGUGCUGAAUGAAGGUGACGACGAAGACGAUGAAAAUAGUUUAGAUAAUGAAAGUGAAGCUCAAACAUUCAAUUUUUGUCGCUAUUGCUCGGAAAUUCAUGUGCCAGAAGAAUGUCCAUUCCGAACGUGCCAGUCAUUUAUCGCGGACAAAAUUGAUUUUAUCACUUGGACGGAUAAGUAUUCUUCGGUUGUGCAGAAAGCAAUCAAAAUCGAAAACAGUGAAACGGAAAACGCCGACAUUCUGAGUCAGUCUCCAUCAACUCAAACUCCAUUCUCCGAAUGCUCACUUCCCGACAAAUUCGAACUUAAACUAUCCAACGCUCAAGUAUCUGGCGUUAUAGCCAAAUCAUCGAUUCCGAAAUACACAAAAUUGGGCCCGUUAAUCGGACAGAAAAUCAGCGAAGUCGAUAUAGCUGAUGACUGCACAAUGAAAUUUAUUAUCGAGGCCUAUGAUGGCACAAAAUCGACCUACUACUCGUUGGACGAUGAAAACAAUUCGAAUUGGUUGAGGUAUAUACGGCCAGCCAAUACGAAAACUGAAAGGAAUGUGGCCGUGGUGAUAAGUGAUAAGAAUGUGUUUUUCGUUACGAGUGCAACAGUUGAGGACGGAGAUGAGCUGGUCUACUGGAGUGACGAUUGUAAUUCGGCGUGGGGAAAGAAGAAAAUUGAAAAAAUGAAUUGUGGAGGCUGUAAUCUCAAAUUCGAUCAUCCAUUGUAUUAUCGAAAUCAUUGCUCAAUUUUUCACGAUCCAUCAUUUAGUUUGACCAUUCGAAAAUAUCAUUGCAAGAUAUGCGGCGCGUCUGUGCUUGGAAAGGAAAACAUCACUAAACAUGCCGCACAAAUGCACGAUGGGAAAGGAGCAUAUCAAUGCCAAUUCUGUAAAAAGUUUUUCUUAAGACUCAAUUACCUAGAAAUGCAUCGUACCUAUGGCUGUAGUGCCAAUCCACAACGGGCAAGACCACUAUGUGAUUUCUGCGGUCGAAAAUUCUGUCAACCGCAAAAGUUGAAAGUUCACAUAAAGAGAAUGCACAGCGACAUGGCUGACGUUCUUCGUGACUUCCAAUGUAAGCUUUGUUCGAAAUUGUUGGGCUCUCGGGCUGCUCUACAGCGACACUCCAAAGAGGUGCACAGUCGAAAUUCAGCAGUCGUUAGUUGUCCACGAUGUCAGAAACUGUUCCAAAAUCGAAGCAACUUAAAAAUUCACAUGCUCACCCAUAGUGGGGUUAGACCGUUUAAAUGCAUCGAGGGUGAAUGCAACGCUGCAUUUACAACGAAACAAUGUCUUCAAUUUCAUUAUAAGAAAGUUCACAACUACGCUCAAGAACAAAUGCCAAAAAUCGAAAGAAGUGUGGCAUACACCUUUGAUGCAUACUCCGGUGGCAUGAAAGUGGAAUAUUUGGAACAAGCACCGCGGAAACGUCGAAAGAGUUCGGACGAUCAAAACUCGGUCCUCAGUUCGGUGGCACACGAUAAGUCUGAAACAGAAUUUUCGGAAGACAAUAUCUUCGAGAAUUUCAAGAAAUCUGGGAAAACCAUCAGCAAUUUAUGCAAAACCGAAUCAAAUUUGUCACUGCUGUCGUCUCGGAUAUCUUCCAUUUUGGAACAUGGCAUUAAGCAACGAAAGAAGGAUAGAAAGCCAAAAGCGCACAAAUUACUGUCUGAUGAGACUGCGCCUAGAACGAAUAGCGUAAUUGACGAUGCAGAAGAAUCGGUGGCCAUUGAAAAUAAGGCUCAAGAGGAAUUUCUACAAACGUUUCAAAAACGUCAGCAAAGCAAACAGCUUAGCCUCAUUGAAUCGUUUCUUUCAACCGCUGCGCCACGAACUCAAGAUGCAGUAUUACCGCCAAAUGACAACGGGGAGAGUGACUAUAAGGCAAACGAACACGAUACACAGAUUCGAGAUUUAAGUGUUAGCUCCAUAACGAAUCCCAUCGCCAGUAAAGGAAGCAGAAAAUGGAUGAGCACGGAAAAUCCGAACCGCGAAAAUGACUCCGAGCUGCAUAGCAAACUGAGCCAGCCGAAUCGAGAUUUUCUCACAAGACUAAUCAUGAACGAAUCGCAACACGAAGACGAUGAUGAAAAUUCAACAUUUUUAGAUGUUGUCGAUAAUGGCCAAACAAUAUCACAGUAUUCCAAUUCCAUACAUCCGACGUCCAACAAUCUACCUCAACUUCCACAUCUUUCGUCAUUAUCGCAUUUACACGCACAACCUUUUGGUGGUCCGUACUACAACAAUCCACCAAAUUGUUCAAAUCGUAAUUCGUCGUCGUCAGCUAGCAUGCUGGUAGAAGCAGCCCUGAGUUCCGUCGGAAAUAUGAUGAAUGUCGAUAACGAUUUAUCGAAAAAUAGUCGUAACGACAAUCACUUGGAUAACAACGACAAUAUGAACAAUUCGAUGGACAUAGACAUGGCGUCGCUACGAAGCGAACAUAACAAUUCAACGCCACAGGAAAACCGAUUCAUUCAAAACAUGAGCUCGAUCGAAAACGAAAUCAAAAUGAUGAAAAAUCUCACCAAUUUCUCACUACAAAUACCGCAUUUCGAUCAAUCGGCAUCCACCAUCAACAAUCAAACACCCACCCAUGCAUCUCCCAUCGAUAACAAUUUACCUCAGGACGAUAUUGAUGUGGACACAGCAUCAACGCCACACACAAUUGAGCCCAGCGAUAAACUGUAUCAAGAUAAUGAUAAUUUUGUUAGCCAGCAUCAAACACCACCGACGCCGCAUGUUCUCUCGCCAGGUCGUGAUUAUGCGAUGUACAAUUCAUCGAAUAAUGUUUCGUCACCGAUAUCACAAUUGUCUCGGCGAAACUAUCCGGAACAUGAACUCAUAUCGCCGGCAUCAUCGCCAGCACUACCGAGAUACUCAUACCGACAAGACAUUUGUCGAAAGCGUGACCUGGACGAACAAGUCCAUAAUAUGUCGGUAAUUGAUGGAAGGAAUAGUCAGCAUCAUAUGUCCAGUGAUGAUGAAAAUAGUAUCAUGGCUCAGAAUCUUAGCAUGGGCAAUCAUAAUGGAGGUGACGAAAUGAGAUUGAAAUUCAGUGCAACCCAAAUGGAAUUGAUGUAUUCAUCUAAAUAUGAAAACGGAACCGGCAAUGACGAUAUUUCCGAUCUGAGAUCGAAAUACAUGGACCAGAACGUGGAAUCAGGUUUUCGAAGUAAUGGCAUAUCCGAUGGACUGAAUGAUAUGCAGGGAUUGGAUAUGACAUCCAGAACGAAUUUGAGUAGUGGCUUCCAUCAUAAUUUUCAGCUUGCAAGUAGUAAUUCGAAUCUAAACAUCGGUAGAUACCACCAUCAUAUCUACGACAUUCUCUCCGAACGAGAACAGCAACAGGAGCAAUUGCAACAGCAACAUCAGCAGCACAUGCAGCACAUGUUACAGGAUCAAAUGUCGUCAGAACAGGAACAAGACCAAACCACUUCGGUGGAUUUGAGUCUGAUGACGAGUCGACAAGUGGUGUCGUCACAAACAUCAUUGCCAUACUCGCACAGUGAAAUGCUGCGAAUGGCAUCCCUAGAUUUAGCUCAAAACGCAACGUCGGGAAUGAUCAGCAAUCGAACAUUCCUGUCACCUCACAAUUCACGCGAAGGAUUGGACCACCAUCGGUUUCUGUCAUCAGCCGAUCAACGACUACUACCAAAUGGUGUGGCAUCCGAUCAUCGGCUCCUCGUUGAUCCAACGGCUCAUUUACUUAUGGAGCAGAACUCCAGACACAUUGACUCGAGACUUUUAUCUGCCGAACAACCGCGCAUUAUGGCCGAUUCGACGACAAACAGGCACAUGGUAUCGCCGAGAGGAUUUGGAGCUUAUCAGGUUUCAACCACAAACUAUCACCAUUCCGUUAGGCCAUUAACGUCACCCAGUCAUCAUUCGGUGAAUCCACCAAAUUAUCAUCCCUUUCCAUCAUUCUAUUAAGGUGUUAGCUACUCUAAACUGGAAUCAUUCAAUUUCAUUGGGUACUUUCACUGUAAAUAUGCAAGUUUGUUGCUUGUUUGCUAGUGUAGACAAGUUGAGCGAAUUGAUCGAAGAUUGUGUAACGUUUGCUGAUAUUUUGGUUUGUAGUACUCGAUGUGAUCGGGACAUAAUUAGGGGAUUGUUAGACCAUCAGUAUUUAUUUUGACCGAAGCCUUUGGUCAAUACAAUUCUUAGCCAAUCAUAGCUUUCGAAUCCUUUGUCUUCCUUUGAGAAGCAUAGCAUUAGUCACUUUUAUACACUGGGACCAACAAGUUGACUUUAUGAUUAAGGUAGAAUGGCUUCAAUUAUAUUCCAAUUAUUGUCUUGGUGCAACAGGAGGAGGAGUGUAAACAGUAGUGGGUGAAAAAAUCACUUGCUAUUCGUUUAGCAUGUAGUAGUACAUUACGGCAUUGCUUGGAAGUUUGUUGUUUUGGAGAGUUUGUGCCUUUCAAAGCGAACACACAGCCAAGUACUUAACUAGCAAAUACCGUAAUGUAUUACAGCAUGUUAGCGUCCCGUAAGCAUUAGAAUAUACCGCUCGGGAUAUUAUUAAAAAUAGUGUCUUCAGCAUUAAUUCCCACUUGGCCUGCGGAACUGCACACACUCUUGUUGCGUAAAAAUAACUAAUUCCUGCAAUUAUGAGUUUUUAAUAAAAAGGGCUAGUCAAUUCAGCAAUAAAAUUUUGGAAGGCCUUGUAAUUUGGAAUUCUAAAAUUCUAAGAACACUAAUUCUGCAAUGAAUACUUCAGGAAGUUUUCAGAAAUUUUAGAACUCAAAUUCCGAAUACGAAUGAUCCCGGAUACAAGAGACUAGAAACUACCCUACAUAUUUGAUGUAUACACAUAAAUUUGCGUCUAAAAUUUGUUAAAACCUUCGCUCCAGUCAAACACAUUAAAAAUCUAACUUUGUAUUGAUGUUCUACGGCUAAUUUGUUCUUUCGAAUGCGAAACAAUAUGAAUAGCAUCGCGAGGGUAUGCCUAAACUAAAAUGCUAGAGAUUUUAAUGUUUAUUCCAACUCAAAGAAAAAUGACGUGCACGUUUUGCAUUUAAUAAUAUU